AUGGAACGCGACAUAAGUGAAGCUCUCAGUCAGGUUUUGCACGAUAGUGGCUAUGAAUUCGGUGGGGAUAGGAUUGUCGAUGAUAGCACCACCGUGCAGGUGAAAAACCCGGGAGCUCGAAGUACUGGCGAGCAGAUGGAAGUGUUCUACAGUCGGACAACUCAUCUUCUCUCACAGCCAAACUCUGAUGAUGAAGAUUUUGCAACCCUAUCCGACUCGGAGGUCACAGGAGAACGCUGUAGAGUUGACUCACUUCGUCAUGGAGCUGGUGCAAGUGACGAUGAAGGGCGUAAACAUAUGGUGCUAAAGUAUAGAAGAAGACGAGGGGGACAAUGGAGACAAGUACAACGGAGUGAUAGUCCUGUCCGUAAAGGAGAUGAAGAUGAACUAGAGGUAGACGUCACCGAGGAAUGCUCGGAAACGACGGGUAUUGUUACAAAGACUUACGAGGCUCGUUGGAAAGUGUUGAAAUACGAACAUUUGCCGGAAUGGUUGCAAGAUAACGAGUUCUUACGUCACGGUCACCGCCCUCCACUGCCCUCCGUUGCUGAAUGCUUUAAGAGUAUUUGGUCGCUUCAUACUGAAACGGGGAAUAUUUGGACUCAUCUCAUUGGCUGUCUGGCGUUCCUCUGCCUAGGAGUAUGGUUUCUCACUCGCCCACAUAGCCAUAUUCAAUGGCAAGAGAAGAUUGUGUUCUCAUUUUUCUUUGGUGGUGCCGUUCUGUGCUUAGGUCUUUCGUUUGCUUUUCACACUUUGUGCUGUCAUUCAGUUAAUGUCGGCCGUAUUUUCUGCAAGCUCGAUUAUAUGGGCAUAUCACUUUUGAUAGUUGGAUCGUUCAUCCCGUGGAUUUAUUACGGAUUUUAUUGUCGAAUGGAGCCCAAGAUUACGUAUAUUGGGAUGGUGUCCGUGUUAGGUGUUGGAGCUAUAAUCGUUUCACUCUGGGACAAAUUUAGUGAAUCUCGUUUUCGGCCUCUUCGAGCUGGCGUGUUCGUGGCAAUGGGAUUGAGCGGUAAGCGUUGA